AUGCAAAAGCUCAAAGUUCUGAAAAACUCCAACGUCACCACUGUUUUAUUACCGCUAAGAAGAAUGGCAACAUCAGGAAAAAUCACCCUCAAGUUGGAUUCCCUCAACAAUGAAAUGUUUAAAGCGCUAAAAGAAAAAACGCUAAGUCUGAAGAAGGAGAAGCUGCACGUCCACCUAUCCGAAAACAAUUUAAACGUAACACCAAUUGAGAAGUCAUGUCCCCUCACCUUUUUUAUGUUGAAGCAUAAGUACAAGAUAGACACCCAGAGUAUCCAAAUUAAGGUGGCAAGUAAGGACUCUGUCGGACAGGGCAGUAUCGUAAAUGGAGUGAAUGCCUCCCUUACACCAAGCGAACCUUCUCAUAGUGACAAUACCCAUGUAGGGGAGAAAAGCUUACCCAAGGGGGAAACCAAGGCGGAUGUUAGCAACGGCGCUAGUGCAACUGGAGGGACAAACUUCUUGGAUUCGUUCAUCCAGUUCAACAUCCCCGUUCUGAACGAAUUAGACCGAGCCUACUUCUACAAACACAUCAUUGAGAUAAUCGACACGCUCGCUGCAGACGUUGUGUACAGACAUAGCAUAGGAGGGUACAAAAAAAACGACAAGUACAAUUUUGUCACAGUCCUGUUUAACAACUUGAAGGUGUACGAAAAGAGCCAACUCCACCACGAGUUUUGUUUCUGCCUUUAUGAACAAAAGCCACUGACCAUCAACUGUUACGUUGUCCAUUCGGGGAACACCUCAUACAUAUUGAAGUUGGAUUUCUUCCAAGAGAAUAAUCUUAUUUUUGACAUAUACACAACGUUUGUAAAUAUAAACAGCUUAACAUUCAAACCGCAGGAAGUGGUGCCUGUUAUUAACUCGCACCAGAAUGAGAAGUACGAGCAGGUAAGUCUCUUUGCGGCCCACCUGAAGGAUGUGCAAAAUUUGUUUAACCACAAGGACGUGAAAAAUAAUUUUUUACAACAGGAAGAUAUAAACUUCAUGCUGGAUUAUUUUAAAAACACUCCAGUGCAGAAAAAGACCUAUGAGAAAAAUGAGUACCAAACUACGGACAUUUUUGAGUAUGGCCAUGUUCAGGCAAAAUUGGCCAACGGGGGGAGCGCGUCAGGAGCAGCUCAGACUGCAACCAACGCGCAGGGAAAAAACGCCCUAACCAUCAUCGGACACAUUUUGGACAAAAACGAUAUAGCCUUCUACACGGGCAAAAAUAACUUCUACUGCAAAGAUUCUUACAUUGAGUCGAAGAACUUCAUAUCUUCGGAAUUUAAAAACAUUCACAACGUCACCUUUGGUGGAUACCUCGCGUACCGCUCCUUCUGUCACGCCAUGACCAUAAUCAAGCACUACGUUGCUCGCCCAGUCCUUAUCGAGUUAAACGAAGUUCAGUACAUUCUGCCCGUACCCUGCAACUCUGUUGUAUCGUUUAGGGGCAAAGUGAUUUAUUGUGAUGCUGAAAAAAUUCAAAUAAAAAUUGCAGCUUAUUGUUUUGACCUGAAAAAAAAUGCUUACUACUUAACCACCAUUUUUGACAUGUCCUUUGAAAAUAAUUCAGAAAUAUCGUUCAUUCCCCAGACCGAGGAGGAGGUUAAACUUUAUUUGUUGAGCUACAUGCGUUCGCAGCUACUCCCCUAG